AUGUCUCAAAGAGGCGACGAGACUCCUAGGGCCCGUGAUUACGAGCUAUUCGGCGCCGAUGAAGACUUUAGCAGUCUCGGUAGCAUCCGUGAUGAGCCCACCUACAAAGCCCAUCGGACCUUCGACGGAAACAAGAAGCACCCUGAGAAGCACACCACGGAGAGCCUCAGACGCAGACCAAGCCUCAAGCACCUCUACGCGCCCCGGGAUGCAACGACACCAAUGUGGAUGGACGAGAAACUGGGAUACACUCACCGUCGCAGUCAGUUUUCUGAUCCAUCCCGGAGAGACUCCGGAGAAUGGCACCAGGAAAAUGUAUCAGAGGACAAUUGGCAAGCAGUCGCUGAAGCUCGGAGCAGCGGCGUGGUUGCACGAGACUUUGCUUAUCAAAAAAACGAGUUCGAACAUAACGAUGGAAGAUCGUAUCCGGGUCGUAUGACCACCCGAGAGCGAUUCGAGAUGAAUCCGAAAUGGCCCACGGCAGAGGACAUGAAGAAGUUCUUCAAAUGA